AUGUCUACUACAUCCCGUAAACGGGAUGCCAACCACCUAAGUGGCAGUGACGGUGCUGCUGCUGAAACAGAUGUAAAGAAACCAAAACCUAACGGGAACAUCGCCUCUUUCUUUGGGGCACAAACGGACAAAAACUCCGCUGCCCCCGGUUUAACGGAUAUUGCAUCCUCCCAGCCAGCAGCGAAGUUCAACAAGGAAAAAUGGGUUGCUGGCCUCACAAAAGAGCAGAAGGAGCUGCUUCAGCUUGAAAUCGAUACCUUGGACGAGAGUUGGCUGGCCCAUCUGAAAGACGAGGUGCUGACCAAUGAAUUCCUGAACCUCAAGCGGUUUUUGAAAAAGGAGGUUGCGUCGGGUGCUAAGAUCUUCCCGCCAUUCGACGAGGUGUAUUCAUGGUCCCGCCACACCCCCCUCCACACCGUCCGCGUGGUAAUCCUCGGCCAGGACCCCUACCACAACCACAACCAAGCGCACGGCCUCUGCUUCUCCGUCCGCCCACCAAUGCCCGCACCCCCAUCCUUGAAAAACAUCUACACAGCCCUGAAAAACGACUAUCCUUCCUUCGUCAAACCCCCCAACAACGGCGGCCACCUAGCCCCCUGGGCAAACCGUGGCGUGCUCAUGCUGAACACCUGCUUGACCGUUCGUGCGCACAAUGCCAACAGCCAUGCGAACCAGGGCUGGGAGAAGUUUACGCAGAAGGUCAUUGACAUCGUGGCGAAGACGAGGACGCGUGGGGUUGUGUUCUUGGCCUGGGGUAAGCCAGCUGGGAAGCGGGUUGCACAUAUUUUAAAGGAUAAGGGCAAAAGGCAUUGCGUGUUGCAGUCUGUGCAUCCUAGUCCGUUGAGCGUGCAUGGCGGAUUUCUCCAAUGUGGCCAUUUCAAAAAGACCAACGAAUGGCUUAGUGAACGGUACGGGAAGGACGGGAUUAUUGAUUGGAGUCUUGUUGACGAGGAAUCUUCCGUCAUAACCUCAACCUCAACAACAACAACAACAACAACAACCGCUGAAGCUGAAGUUAGCAUUGACAAACAAACCACGACUAUAUCUUCCAUUGUCAAGGCCACAGACAUUGAAGCCGAAGAAAAAAAGAAGACUACUAUCAGCGUGCCAUCAUCAUCUUCGUUGCCAACGCAGGGGGAUGAAGAUGAUGCGGAUGCAUUAGAGGCGCUGGCGGAAGCGGAGUGUGAGCUUUCUGAUUGA